AUGAGUACUGUCGAUGUUGAUAUGACAUUAUAUUUCCAUAGAAAACAUACACCACCACCUAGUGUUCUUCUAUUAACAGGACCAAAUGAUAACAGUCGAGAUUAUGAAGGUAGUCCUACAACUGAACAUCGUCCUAAUCAACCUAAAAAACGUCCACCACCACAUAUGAUUGGUUUACAUGUUAGUAAUCUUGAUGUACAUGAUACAUCAACUGCAUCAUUUGGUUGGCAACGACAUUCUGAUAAAAACAAUCAAUUAAAUCUUGCACCAGAUGUUGCAUAUCGAAAUACAUAUUUAGAAGAAAUGAAGAAAAAAGAGAAAAAGGAUCCAAAUAAUGAACAUAAUCAUUGUUGUUCAUUAUCACCACAUAAUCAAAAAUCAUCUCAAUCACAAUUUAAAGAUUCAUCUUCAUCUUGUUCAUUAAAAUCAUCACAACAAAAAAAUUCUUCUCAUCAAUAUUCAACAAUAUAUGAUUAUAUUCGUGCUUCUAUUCGAGAUAUUGAACGACAUCGUAAUAAAAAACAACAAAAUAUAUCUUCACGUGUAAAACGUCCACAAAAUGAUGAUUGUACUUUACGACGUAUAUUAGGAGAAAAAAAAUCUCCUGUAAGAACAUCAAUGUCAAGAAAUAGUUCAACAACAACAACAACAACAACGACAACACAAACAAUAUCAUCAUUGUUUAAUAACGAUUUAAAAAGUCCACAAAGUUUUGUUAAUUAUAUAAAUUAUUCUCGUACAGUUCAUUCAUCAACAUCAAAUCAAUCAUAUCAACAACAACGAUCUAUUCUAUCUCAAAACUAA